AUGUCAAUGGAGGAAAAUGAGCGAGCGACACGGAGAGGGAAUGGCAAAAGCAAAAAUAGACUGUUGACGCCCCCCCACCACCACCACCACACGCACCCACCAAUCACCCUGCAAGCAUGUCGUUUCCGAAAAAAUUACUUUAUUCUUCUUUUACUUUUCUUCUUCUUCUCCUCCUUAUUUCUUUCUUUCUUUCUUUUAUUCUUUUUUCUUUCUUUCUUUCUUUCUCGUCUUUCCGCUUCUUUUCACUUAAAUUUUCUUCCUUUUCUAAUUCAUUUUUCUUUCCUUUUUCUUCUUUCUUUCUUUCUUUCUUUCUUUUUCUUUCUCUUUUUCUUUCAUUUGGCUUUCAUCUUUGCUUUACUUCAUUUUUCUUUUUUUUCAUUCUACUCUUUCUUUUUGCCAUUUCUUUCUCUUUCUCUACUUUUUCCUUCUUUUCUGUUUUUUCUUUUCUUUUUCUUUCUUUUCUUUUUCCGCCUUUUCUUUUCUAUCUCUGUUUUCUUUUCUUUUUCUCUAUAUUUUUCUUCUUUACCUUUUCCUUCCUUUUUUUUUCUUUUUCCUUUGCGCAUUUCUGAUACAUUUUUAUCAUUUAUUGUACACGUCUUCUUUUUGCUUCUUUUCAUUUCUUUUUCAUCUUCUUUUUUCCUAGCCAUUGCUUCUUUCUCAUCUUUCUUUUAUUCACAUUUAUUCUUUCUUUCUUUCUUCAUUUACUUUUACCUUCUUUUUUUUCCAGUCUUUUCUCUUCUUUUUCCUUUUCGUCUAUUUUCCUUCUUUUUUUUUUCUCUCGAUAUCUUUCUAUUCUCCUCUUCUCUCUUUUUCGCCUUCUCCUUCAUUUUGUCUUUAUAUUCUUUUUCUUUCAAAUCUUCUUCUCCUUUCUUUUAUUGCUCCUUUUCGUCCUCUUUUUCUUUCAUUAUCUGA